CUCAUAUUCGCUAGAGCUCGCGCUCGCCUAGGCCCGCGCGCGCGAGUAGAGUACACACGGUGCGGAUCGGGGGCGCAUGCGCAGACGCGUUGCGCGGCGCGACUCGACUCGACUCGCCUCGGCCCGACUUCUCGUCGGCUCGCCUCCUCCGUGGCUCGCCUCCUCCCCGCCGCCAAGGUGCAUGCAUGCAUUCUAUGCGGCGUGCACCGCAUUAGAUGCAUUUCUAAGUCGCGCCGCAAUAAAUCGCAGAAAUAUCGAAGUGGAGAGAGAGCCGCGCGAGAGGACACCGCGACAUCACGACAUCCGCGCCACGAGAUCCGCGCCGAUUUCUUUCUUCUUUUUUCAAUCCGGAGGAGGAGCAACGGGGGACACGAGGCGAACACGCACGCACGCACGCACGCACGCACGCACUCACACGCCCGUCCGAGGAAGGAAGGACGGACCCCCGCCGCACAGAUAGAGACGGGCCACCGCGCGCUCGAUUUACCUAGAAAUCCGAUUAAUCUGGUGCGCGGACGAGGGACGAGGGCACGACGCGUCUCUUCCUCUCCCGCGGAGAAGAGGCGAACGCCACUCUCGUCUCCGCUUCUCGUUCUCUCGCUACUCUCGUGGAGAAGAUCCUGGGGCAAGGGAAGGAAGAUCGGCCACGCAUCGUCGUACGUUUCGGCCAACGACCAACGACGCGCUCUCUCCUCUCUCGCUCUCCCUCCCUCCCUCCCUCCCUCUCUCUCUCUCUCUCCGCGAGAUCCGUUCGCGAGAUCGAUUCGCGUACACGCACGUGCGAAACUGGUGGUGACGUCUUUCGACGCGUAUCCCGUAAAUCCCUCUCUCGCUUUGGAGAUCGGUGGUGGUGGGGAUACAGGGGGGUAACACGGUGGAGAAAAACCAUUUCUUUCCUCUCUCUCUCUCUUUUUCUCUAUCUAUCUAUCUAUCUAUCUAUCUCUCUCUCUCUCUUCCUCCGUCCGUCUCUCUUGGUCCCGCGGCAACGAGCGAAAUUUUCGGAGAAGAAAAAUCGAGUCGCGAGUGAUAUCGAGUCCCCUCCUCCCCUCCCCGUUCGGAUAGAGGUGAUCAAAUCAUCGGACACCGGGAUGGAGAAACGGAGAAGGAAAGAAACGUAAACUAUUUAUCACCGUGGACGAGGAAUCACGAGUGGAAAGGGGCGAGAAGAAGGAAGAAGGUUGAGGUUGGCGAUCCCAAGGUGGAAGGCGGGAGAGACGCGCGCGAGACGCGUUUUGGACGGAAAAAGGGCCGGCACGGAUGCGGGAGCCUAUUCGAAGGAGGAAGAAAAGAAUACGACACACUGAGUCACGUGCGAACCAGUCCCUCCCACUUGCGGACGCGGUGCCGCGCGGAUUUCAGUGCACUGAAAAUCGUAACAUCGCCAACCUGCGGGAGCUCCGCUUCCUGAAAACUACUCUCGGUACUCGCUGCCACGCGAAAGCUCCUGUAACACGCUCCUCGCGGAACGAGCGGAUCCUCGUUCUCCUCCACGUUGCCCACGUUCUUCCUCAAAGCGGAGAUCGAGGAAAGGAAGGAAGGAAGGAAAAUAUCCGUGCGCGAGGGAUCGCGAGUGAAUCGCGCGAGUGAGUGGACGCGCAUCCACGCGCGGUGUACGCGCUUUCUACACGGCUGAUACGCGCCUCGCCUCGGCUUCCGAGGAAUAAGAAAAAUUGUUUUAUUCGGUGCGCAGUGGCCGAGUUUAAUCAUCGGGGAAGCGAGCGCGCGUUUUUCCACGGCACGCGCGGAGGAGACGAGAUUCGAGCGACGACUGGCGACGACCACACAGUGUCCCGUCCUCGGCCUGGCGUCGUCGUGUGUGGAACCGCGAACGAGUGUGCGGUCGGGGCGAUGCACGCGGAGAUCGGUGCUCGCAGUCGGCCGAGACAUCUUUGAAAGAAAACGAGAGAGAAAGUGGGAAGAAUCGGCGCGCUGUCUACUACCACCGGGAGUGCGCGAUUCUUUGCGCGGCUCGCGUCGAUAAGCGGAGAGUGCACGAAGAAGAAGAAGAAGAAGAAGAAGAGAAGACCUGUCUCCCUUUUCCUUUUUUCUUUUUUCUCUUUCCUUCGUCCAGGUGUUUCCUCCGAUUUUCUCUCUCUCUCUCUCUCUCUCUCUCGCUCUCCCUUUCUUUCUUUCUUUCUUUGUUUCUCUCUCUCUCUCUUCCUCUCUCUCUCUCUCUCUCUCUCUCUAUCUCUAUCUCUCUGUUUCUCUCGCGCGACAAAACGAGGCGAGCGGAGGCGAUUAGAAGAAGAGGUGCGCGAGUGAGUGAAACGAGGGAAACUCGAUCGGUUUCGCAAAUCAGUGUCGGAUGAACUGGAAACACGGAUCUUACCGAGUGGAAGAGGAUGGUGACGAGGAGAAGGAGGAGGACGACGACGACGACGAAGAAGACGACGAAGACGGCUGCGAUCACGGUGACGAGCACGACGGGUAUGAUCGAGGAAACGAUAACGAAGAUCGACGAGACACGAGUUUGAAUUCAGCUUCGAGCGGGAGACGCGUUGCAGCAAGAGAUUCCCGCGCAGGAGAGGAAGACUGGACAAAGCGGAAGAAGCAGAAUAAGACGAGCAAAGCAGAAGAAGCGGAGGAACGCAGGAGUAAUAGAAGAGCGAAAGCGAGACGCGUAGAAGCGGGGUUGCGACGGAAGUGAUUUGAUAGCGGAGAGAGAGAGAGAGAGAGAGAGAGAGAGAGAAAGAGAGAGAAAGAGAGAGAGAGAGAAAGAGCAGAGGAGAGAAAGAGUGCGUGAAAAAAAAACAAGAGAGAACA